GGCUCUCCAGCGAACAGAGGUAAUAGGAACAGUCUUCAUCAGACAAAAGUGGAGACCUGUGAACGGAGGUCACUAGAAGUUUCUAGAUUUUUGCGGAGAUAGACAGCCUUUUUAAACAUUGGAUUGGGAGCUGGUUUCCUCGUGAGCUCUUGAACUGUUCUGUGGCUUGCAGAACAGAGGACAGGACUUUGGUUGAUUUGUUUUUGGACGUGGUGGAGAGCUAGGGAUCCACAACAGCCAAGCAACAUCAGUACCAACUCCAUCUUCUCCACCUUAAGAAAAGUGGAAAAGAAAUGCUCAUAUCUUACGGCAACAGGAUCUAAUUUUCCUCUUCUAUUGGUCUUUGAAUGGAAGCUGCCUCUUACGUCCAGCUGAACGACACUAUAAGCACCUGGAUUAAGAGCAAGUACAUGGAUAUGGAUUAAAGCAGACAGGAUGUUUUAAUGCCACCUUUAAAAGGGAACUUUCAGAAUUCUGUUCUUAAAAUGAGUGAACCUCCUUUUUCGAGUUCGCAAAUCAAUUGAAGUGUGUCUCCUGACCCUUGAGCGGCGGGUAAAUAUGAGCGGCUGUUUCUAGUUCUCAUAUGAGCAAAAUAUCAGCUAACCAAGCGAUGACGCCCGGUCCACGAUGAACUGCACCCCCAACACCACCGUUAACCCCCAGGGGGGUCAAAACCUGAACCCGGGCUCUGGGGGCGGGGCGGGGGAAGGGCCAGGGUCUACCUCUGCUUCUGGCGGUGGCGGCGGCGGCGGUGGCGGCCUUUGGGUGACAUCGGUCCUCGGCGCCAUGCUCAUGACCAUGUGCGCCCUGGGGGUGGCGGGCAACGUGUACACGCUGUUCAUCAUGCGCUCGGCGGCGCUGCGCCGCACGGGCUCCAUGUACGUGUACAUCCUGAACCUGGCCCUCGCCGACCUGCUCUACCUGUCCACCAUCCCCUUCGUGGUGUGCACCUACUUCGCCCACGACUGGCUGUUCGGCGAGGCGGGCUGCCGCCUCCUGCUCAGCCUGGACCUGCUCACCAUGCACGCCAGCGUCUUCGUGCUGGUCGCCAUGACGCUGGAGCGCUACCGCGCCGUGGCCCGCCCCUUCAGCGCCCGCCGCUCCCAGGCACGCGGCCGCAAGGUGGCCGCCGCCUUCAUCUGGGCGGCGGCCGUGGUGCUCACGCUGCCCAUGAUGGUGAUGAUCCGGCAGCGCCAGGGCAGCAAGGUCAACGCCGCCGGCGCCGUCAAGCGGAUCUGCUUCCCCACCUGGACCCCCGAGGCCUUCAAGGCGUACCUGACCGUCAUGUUCCUGACCAGCGUGCUGGUGCCGGGGCUGCUGAUGGUGGCGCUGUACGCGGGGCUGGCCAGGCACUACUGGGCGGCGCAGGCCAGCCUGGGAGGCUGCGGCAGCAGCAGCAGCAGCCGCGGGCGCUCGGCGCGCAGGCGGGGCCUCAAGCAGAAGGUGGCCAGCAUGAUCUUCUCCAUCGUGGUGGCGUACUGGGCCUGCUUCCUGCCCUUCUGGGUGUGGCAGCUGACCAAGCUCUUCUCGCCCGAGAGCCUCAGGCCGCUGUCGGCCGCCACGCACAACUACGUCAACUUCUCGGUCACGUGCCUGACGUACGGCAACAGCUGCGUCAACCCGCUGCUGUACACCCUGCUGACGCGGAACUACAAGGACUACCUGGCCCAGAAGGGGCAGACCAUGGCCUCCAGCAGGGCGGAGGGCGGCUCGGCCGUCAGCGGGCCCUGCAUAGCCCUGCGUGGAGCCUCCUGCGGAUGACCCGGUCAGCGGGGG